UUCAGACACACAGAUCAAUGACAAGGCCACUUUAUCGAUUUGAAUUAUUAUUCUUUUCUAUUAUCUUUGUAAUUGUUGCUAAUUUAAAUCGGUAUACCCAUCAUCUAGAUCCAUAUCCGAAUCGUCAUAGUCACACAUAUAUUGCUGACUCAUUGAUGACGAUUGACGAGAUUCCAAACGCAAGGCCACUUGAUAGACAAUCAAUGUGAUCAGACUCCUCAGCGAGCCGCAAAGUGCUCCAAAGGCUAUGCAAGUGGCCACUUUAACAAGUAAACCAUAGUCCGUGUUUAAAUGAUAAUGGAAAAUUAGAAUUUGUUUGGCAAAAUAAUCCGAAAAGUCCAUACUGAUUGACAUUCGAAAAGAAAUUUAAACUGAUUGUUAAAUCAGAGAAGGAAAUUUGAUUUUUAAUUCUUUUCGCCUCACAAGUUACAGAUCACAGGAGCCCUUGAUAUAUUUACCACUUUCAAAAACAUUGAUACAUAUACAAUUUCAAUACUAUAACAAAAAUGUUUCCCAAUCCCAUUGAAGUUGUCUGCAUUCAUAUCGUACAGCCCAUAAUCGAUUUAUUGGCUUACUUACUCAAUGAAGUGCAUUUUCUGGCAUUUAUGGCUGGUUGUGCAGUUUUGGGCAUUACUUUGGGACUGAUAUUCGGCAUUAUCUCUGUGGUAUGGUAUAAAUGUUCUCGAGAGACGACAGUGACCAAAAAACAGGAAUUCGAAGGAAAUGUCAAUAGACCCAUAAACUCAAUAAAGAAUGAUUAAAUAAAGCAAAUACUUAGAACAAAAAAAUAGUUCAAGAAUUAAUGAAAAAUUGUUAGUUUACAAUUUCAGAAAAGUUUGGGCAAGUUA